GCUAUCUUUGAGUGGGAAUUUUUCCAGCUUGUGUGCUUGCUGAUUAUUUCUGUAUAGCUGCUUUGUAGUGCAGCCUUUCUUGUUUGUGCGUGCAGCCCAAAUGCACGUUUGGGCUCCUAACAGCCAGUUCUCUGGUUUGUCUUAGUUACUCUGCCCAGAUGGGAGAUUGCUACAUAUAUCCCUUACCCAUUUUUCUGGCAUAUCUUUAUGUGCUGUAGCAAUUGCAGCUGGCAAUACUGCCUGAAGCUUGAUGCAAUGUGUUUUAAGAGAGAAAAUGGAGUUGCAACAGAGUAGUUGUGCAUGGCAAAGGCAAAUAUGCCUGUUCAGGAGUUGAGGUUUAUGAGUUUCCUAAAGAAUCUGAGCAAUUAGAGAAGGAAUAUUGAUUAUUGCUGGUGUUUUCCCUGUUUUUUUUUAAUUUUUUAGGGUUUGGUGUUUUUUUUCAAUUAACAUUGUGAGCUGAAUUUUAAGCAGACAGUUGCCAGAGGCUUUCAGAAGUCCUCUGUUACAUGUAUUGUAUGUGAGUGUCUGCUUGUAGAUACAUAUAUUGCUCUUGCACAAUGUGUAUCAUUCCUUUGAUACUGAAGUGUUGACAUUCCAUAGGUGUUCAUAUUAACCCACAGUCUGCUAGCCCAUAGGCAAGGGUGUUAUGAAAUUACUUGAGUGCAAAUGGGAUUUAAACUGUUUUAUGUAAGAGGUACAAUAACUGGUUACGGAUAUAUCUGUGGAAUGAGCAGCUUUUGAUAUCCCUACUAUUGGCUUAUCUCUUAGUUGUCACCAGUGAUAUGUAAAGAUGUAGCACUUCUUAAAGCAUUUGAAAGACGCUAAUUACCCACACGGUUUGUUAUUCCUUUUUUUCACUAUAAAAACUGUACAUAAACUGUGUGUGCUACAGAUGUGAAUGGGUAUAGCAUAUCUGACUUCUUAAAAUUAGACUAAGACUUAAUUUCUGUGUUUCUAAAUAGACGUAAUUGUAUUAAACUGAAAGUCUGAAUGUUGUAGUGACCUCUUGACCUGCCCAGCAGCAUUUUGCAGGUUGCUGCAACAUCUCUGCCCUGCACUGCUUUCACUUGCAGUAGAAAAAAAUCAGUCUCAGUCUUGUGUGGAUUGUGAGUGCUCCACACUGAUUAAAAUUUUGGAUUAUGUUUUUCAGAGAUCAGCAGAAAUCCCUUUAGUUUGAGAGUGCUGUAGUUUAAAUAUCGUACUUUUCCAGAGUGGUUAGCUUUCUCAGGCUGAGCUGUUAAAAUAAUCUCAUUUGUACUAAAAAAGUACUGGGUACUGACUGGUACUGUAAGAGGUGGUUUUAAAGAAAAUAAUUCCAUGAUAAUACUUUGCAUGAGUCAUUAAUCAUGAGUCAUGAUCAGCAGGCAGUGGUGUCCAAUUUGUUUUCUAAUCCUGCACUUGUGGAUGCUCUUUAUUACCAUAGUGAUAAUAUUAAAGAGCUGUUAAUGCAUAUAACCACGCAGCUGAAAAUGACAGAAUCUUUUCCUGGUGGAAUAAAAUUUCCAUAUCUUAAGUAUGUUUUGCUCUGUACACUUUUUGAUAUGAGAAAUUUAGGUAGUAUAAAGGUGAUCAAACAAUUAUAAUUUGGCAGGGAGUUAGGUUAACAGAAUACUAGAUAUAAAAAAGAAAUGUUUUACUGUGAGGGUGGUGAGGCACUGGCACAAGUUGCCCAGAGAAGUCAUGGGAGCUCUAUCCCUGGACGUGUUCAAGGACAGGCUGGAUGAGGCUUUGGGCAACCUGAUGUAGUGGGAGGGUCCCUGCCCGUAGCAGGGGGAUUGGAACUGGAUGAUCUUUGAGGUCCCUUCCAACCCAAGCCAAUCAAUGCUUCUAUGAUAAUAGACUUUUUUUAUUUUCCUCCUUUGCUUGCAAGUCAAUCAUUAUGGCUUCCUAGAAAAUUAAGUCUAGUCUGUCGAUUUGGGAAGUUUUAUAUUCGUUAAAAACUGGGUUCUAAUUGUUUAAGCUACAGUUUGCAACAAGAACCUGCAUUAUCCAUGUUUUAGUGUUUGUUCCCUCCUGGGCAAAAACUAGUAGCUGGGUGGAAAGUUUUAUUGCAUGAAAGUAUGUUGGGGAAUGACUACUGAAGUUUUAGGGAAAAUGGAAGGCUGUUUCUCUUCUGAGAGCCUGAACAUAAAAAUAGUCACUUAGCUGAGAAAUGAGCUUUGGAAACCUGUUUCUGCUCUUAAAUAAAAUUUUACCAAGUGAAGCCAUUUCAAAAGCUCUGAAAUGCAAUGGCUGAAAUGUUGCAGACAAUAUUAGAAUGUGCAUAGAUGGAAAGUGUUGACGUUCAGCAGCAGUUGGAUGAUGUUAUAUAUGAAGUAAUAAAUCAUGUCUUCAAUCAGAUUUUAACUUGAUUAAAUUUUAAUUAGUUUUAUUAGUUUACACUUGAAUGUAGAAAAGUUGUUUGUAACAGAUUAAAACUUUGGAUUUAGUAAGGAACUUGGAAGACCCUUUGAAGUGUCUCACCAGAUGUUAAAAAAAAAUGACCCCUUUGUCUGCUCCAGUGGACAUGACCUUGUAAUGCAUAGAUUCACAUGGGUCUUACUAGUUACAAGUGUUGAACUUGUGAACUAGUGCUGUAUUGGCGCAUGUAAUGCGGCAGGACAGGUAUAAAUCUACUGGCAUAGGCAGUUCUCUUUGAAAAUGCCUGGCACCUUGUCUACUCCUUCGUGUGCCAUAACAUGGUUGCUGUGCAAACUCUGCCUCUGUUUCACUGAGGAUUAUACCUGUCCCAACAGAAGCAUUUUCUGCUUCAGUGUGGGGUGGUGCAGCUAGAGGCAAGAAAUGGCAGCUUCUCUGUGGAAUAACUUAAUUCAGACUACAAAGGAGAGAAUACUACAACAGCAAAGGGCACCACUAUAUAACAGUGCCCAUGGUUAUGAGGAAGAAGUGGUAAAGAAGAAACUUCAGCAGUUUGCUGGUGGAUCCAUCAGCCUCUCCAAAGAAGACAAUGGCAUCGGGCUACUUACUUUGAACAACCCGAAGCUACUGAAUGCCUUUACAGGCACUAUGAUGCUAGAGCUCCAGGAGAGAGUAACUGAACUGGAAAACUGGAAGGAUGGCAAAGGCCUUAUCAUCUAUGGUGCAGGAAACACCUUUUGCUCGGGAUCAGAUUUGAAUACUGUCAAAGCAAUAUCCAACUCCCAGGAUGGGAUGAAUAUGUGCAUGUUUAUGCAAAGCACCUUAACCAGACUUAUGAGAUUGCCUUUGAUCAGUGUUGCACUAGUCCAAGGAAAAGCUUUUGGAGGAGGAGCAGAACUUACCACAGCAUGUGACUUCAGGUUGAUGACACCGGGGAGUGAAAUUCGAUUUGUCCACAAGCACAUGGGUCUGGUGCCAGGCUGGGGAGGAGCUGCCCGGCUGGUCUGGAUUGUCGGCAGUGAGGCUGCCCUUCGGCUGCUGAGUGAGGCUACAAAAGUGGACCCUGACAGAGCUUUGCACCUUGGGCUCUCAGAGAAGACAUUGUCUUCUUCAGAUGAAACCAGAGCAUUAGAAGAAGCCCAAGCCUGGCUGAGUCAGUACACCGAGGGUCCAGCCAUCGUGAUUCAGGCUAUGAAGAAGGUGGUGACAGCAGGAAGAGAGCUGCCACUGGAAGCUGCUCUAAGGACAGAGAAGGACGUUUUUGGAACUGUAUGGGGUGGACCUGCCAAUUUGCAGGCAUUGGCUAGAAGACCAAAACAUAAAUGAUGGUCAAUGCAUAAGAAAUGUUCUUGACCUUUUUGCAAACAAAACUUUCACUAAAGCAGGCAUUAAACUGAAUAAUUUAAGGGGUUGUUCGUUUAAACUGGCAUUAACAUUCCUGUCAUUCACGUCAGGCAGACAUAUUUGGUGUGCAACUACAAAGAAAUGCCCAGCAGAUUCUUUACUGUCCUAAUCACCCACUGAAUAAGAUUAGUGAAAUUAGUAUGUAAAGGUAAAUACUGUGCUGAGAAUAGAACUAUUAUAAUUCUUUUGGAAUGAGGCUGAAGAUUAUUGUCUUUGGGGUUAAUUUUGGUUUUCUAACUGGUAUAGAAAUGAAUUGCUUGAAAGAUAUGAGCUUCAUUUAUUUGAAGAACAGGUGCAUCUCAAGCUGCACAAUAUGAAUUCCCUAACACAAUACCAGUGCCUUUAAGCAGCUUUGAGGGGAUGAUAACUGGUAAGAUGACAGUUUUUAGUUUUUCAUCUUCAGUUGGUUUUUUGUAUGAUUGCUGAGAAAGUAUCCAGGAAUAAUUCAAUUUUAAUGGUGAAUUUUACAGAAGAUCUAACUUACUGAGGAGUUUAUGGCCCUCAUUCACUGACACCAAUUCAGGUCUUUAAAUGCAUUUAUAUGUCUUCUCACUGCUCAAGGAAGCAACUGUAUCUACAUAUGUAUCUCCACAUUCCCAUAGCCUGUACCUGCGCUGCUGAGCAGGCGCAGAACUGCUGACCUGAUUCUUUACAUAGAAUGUAGUUGAAAUCAUGGAAGGCCAUGAUGUAUCAUGUCCCCAAAUGGGAUGUCCUCGACUGACUGGGUAGUCUGAGUACUUCAGCAUUCUGGAAAGACGUGGAUCUGUCCACUUCCUCAGAUUUUUACUGGCAGAAGAUUUGAAAUUUGGUCUCUACUUCAUGCCAGUGACUGUGGAAGUAAUUAGAUAACUUAGUGGGGAUGCCCUUUAGAAAUCAGAAGCUGACAUGCAGUCCCUGCUUUGACAGAUGCUUCUCAAAAUGAAACAUCUGUGAGCAAAAACACGCAUAUCCAUGAUUGAGUUUCCUCUUGGUUAGGAUGCCCUUGUCUCCUAAGUCCAGCAGAGGCCGAGAUACGAGCCCAGGACCCAAGUGCUCCAGGGGAGGAGAGCAUGUUAUGGAGGAUACGUGCCAUUGACAUGCGUUCUCUCUCUGACUGGGCAUAUCUAACCCUAGAUACAUUUAAUGAGCUCCUUUAGGAGGAGGAGGCAAUUCCUCGACAGAAAUCCGUGUUACAAUUUCUACAGUGUGGCAGAAUUCCUGCGUUUUAGACAGCGAGGUAGCUGCACGUGUGUUUGAGGAUCUUGGGACAGAUAAAUGAUGGGAAUUGGGCCUGGAUUGCAUGUUAAGAUUCUGCAGCUUUCAAGCAGCUGCUGUGCUCUGCUAGGGAUCUUUUACUAUAUGGCUUUCACAGCAGGAAAUGUAUAUGGCCUGAAGCAACCAAAAGAAAUGCUGAAGAAACGGAUAUGUUUUGCGCUGGCACCUCAGGGAGGAUAAGGAACUUAGUCUGCCCUGUUGCUCCUGCCUGUUUGCCUUCAAACCUAAAGCUGCUCCUGGAGGAAGAUUUCAAAUCUCUCUUCCCCAGAAAUAAAGUUCAAUUUUUACUUCUGGGUUAGAGAGGAGACAGGAAUGGGAACAUGGGAAAGACACUAGUGAUCUGGUUUGUCUCGUGUGUGUCCCAUUUUUUAUCCAAUAGGUCAGUUGUUAGUCCCCAUGACUUCUGAAUUACAGAUGUUUUAAUAUAGUCAGGCAGUACUUGACUGUUUAGCAGUGAAGCUGUUCUGCUUUUCAUGAAGUUCCUCAAGACUCGUGAGGGAUUUCAGACUCCCAGCAUCACUGAGCCUCCAUUACAGGUUCCAGUCUGUACUCAUUCAACUUUUUGAAGCAACAGCACAUCACGUUGUCGUGAGUCAAAACAGUGUUCUUUAAAGGGCAACUGGUUGUCUUUACUAGUAACAAGAAUAAAUUUGCCAUUACUAAUACUGUGAUUGUUUCUAAAACGAGUGUGAAAAUUGUUUAGAAUCUGAGUGAGACCCUUGAAUAAUUUUUUUAUUUUUCAGGUGCCAGGCUGUAAGGCUCGUUAGUGUAUCCUGCGCAGGGGAUGACAGAAAUGUGAAAGGGAGGAAAUUAUUACAAAAAAGCAUUAUCUGUUUUACUUGCCAUUUUGAACUAGGCCUGCACUGCCAGUAAGUGAAACUCAGUAUGUACACCUAUUGGGGACCUCUUUCCAUUUUGAUUUGUAGACAGCGAGGUUGCUUCUUAUUUCACAAAAUGCAUUUCCCCAGCCAUCCUCUCUAAUUUGUAUCAAAUGCCAACAUUUUCUUCUAAGAACAGCAUAAAUAAUGAACUAGUACUGAGCGAGACACUUUCAGAAAAGGUUACAGAAACUCAUUUUGUCCUCUGGUCUGUUGGAAUCACAAAUUUCCCAAACAUAGCUACAGGAGAUUCUGAAGAUAAUUACAAGUGUUGGUUUUGAUCAAGGGUUCUGUGAGCAACCUACUAUCAUAUUCUCUGGUUUCUUUUCUGUUGUAAAAGCAAGUACAGCUCUUUGUAUGAAAACCAGCCUAACUGAAUUACCAUGAGUGCUAGGAGAGCUCCAGACUGAGCAAGGUGAAAUGUAAUCCCAUUUUACCUAUUUUAAACCUGAAUGUGUUAUUUCAUAGAAUACUUUAUCAUCUUAAAGUGACACUUUUUUCAUAACCAGCAGCUGCUAAGUGUUUGUAUUUUCUUUAUUAAAGACCAAAAGCUUCCUCUGGUUUUGUUCCCCUUGAGAACCACCCUAAAAACAAGCACUAAAUGCACAAAAUAAAUAAGAAAUUUCAAAAUUGAUACUCCCAGUCUCCUAAUUAAAUGGCAUGUGAACAUUUUUAUUUCCUAGGGGCUAGUUUGCCAGCUCCCUUCUCAACAAAUUAGGUUUCCUAUUACAUUGUCAAAUGUCUGUCUUGUUCUCUUGCCUCUGUGUACCGGCACAGCCUAAGUGCUUAUGGGGGGUGUGGAUUCUGUGCCAGACACUUAGAAAGGUUGGAUACUGGAGAUCACAUUUAGCAAUACAGGUACUGUAUCAUAUUUGCUGAUGACAGAAAUACAUUUAGUAAAUAAAUGGGCUAUCUAGGUAAGGGUAGGUGUUCUUGCCGAAUGCUUGGUUCACUGUUAUUUUUACUGUUACAUAGGAUUCCUGUAUCUGUGGUUAUCUGUUUCUUCUGGGAAUGAAGAGAUGCGGUAGAUUUUAUGGUAUUUUAAUUUCCUUUUCCUUCCCAUUCUGCUCCACUGUGCAUUUCUCUAGCUAUGCUGUACAAAUUGAAAAUCAGUUAAUGUAUGGAGUUACAAAAAAACCCACAUAAUGCAGCGUGGCUGUGGGUUAGCUAAAAUUGAGAGAGAACACAUCUCCUGUGGAAGGCAAUGGUUUAAACGUAAGAAGGCACUUGCCAGUUACUUUUUUCCAGCUUGAUCUGGGGGAAUGCAUUUGCCUCUCUGAUGACCAAUUAUGAAGCUCUCUCACCAGUGUUACUUUAACUAAUUUUGGUACCUCACAGUUGCAGGCAGCCAGCAGGGACCGAAAGCAGCAUCAUGGGUGUGCAGCUGAACAGAGGCCUGCCCCUCUACUUUGGUCAAGAACCCCUACAGAUAAUCACUGAUAAAAUUAUUUGUAGACUGUUUGGACCGAAAAUCCUGAAAUUAAGUAUAUAAUGAGUAAAGUUCUUUUGUUUUGGCUUUUGCUUUCUUCAACAGUACAUACUUGUCAUGAAGUAAAGUGCAUGCACGCAGCACACGUGUUCUUACUGAAGGCUUUUGCAGCACAAAGUCAGAUAUUUUAAGUAGAGGCACUGUGUGCUAACUCGAAACAGAGAAACAAGACAGCUGGCAACUAACAGGCAGAAGAAAAAAUAUCCUCU